CAGAGGCCGGUCAACGGGAGACUGAAGGUCAAGAAAGCAACUAUUCAUCCUGAGAGCUGAGACACAAACGAGUGCAUCAUGGUUGGUGAACAGCGCUUUGUAAUCAGUGCCCGCAUGAUCGGAGCCGUCCACAGGGACUCACCAAAGCUCAAGAUGUUCAUGAUAUCUGUGUUAUGGUCUGAUGAGACUGAAGUGAUUGUCUACAGGUCCUUCCAGGAUUUCAAGAAAUUUCAUAGGCAGCUGAAAAAGAUGUUCCCUCACCUGAACCCUUUCAAGAAAAGCGACAAAGUGAUCCCAAAAUUCACAGGGCAGGCCAGGAAGAGCAGCCUCCAGCAGAAAGGAUCCAAGCGAUCCGUCAAACGCAUGAAGUUCCUGGACAGCUACUGCGACAAACUGCUGAAGUGUGACCAACCUGUGACUCAGAGCUCACAGGUCACACAGUUCUUCAUGCCCAAAGACCAUGACCUGCAGCCAGACUUCACCAAGAACAGCAUGAUGAUCCUGCUGUCUGAUGACCUGCCUGAUGGCUCAGGUGGAGAAGGUGGUGAUGGGACUCGCCAGCAUGCAGGCAAUGUCACUCACCCGUUUGUCACCCAGACCUACCGCUGCGUGGCUGCUUACGAGACAAAAGACACCAAGAACCGUCCAUUUAAGGUGGCUGUGGACGAGAAGCUGGAUGUCCUGAUCAAAGACCCUGCAGGUUGGUGGCUGGUGGAGAACGAGGAUAAGCGUUUGGCUUGGUUUCCUGCUCCCUACCUGGAGCUGUGGGACACAGAGGAUGAUGAUGGCGAUGAUGGAUUCCAGCUUGCAGGUGCCCUGUACUGUGCCGUGAGGAGUUACAACACCAAGAAGGAUGACGAGGUGUCUGUGCCCAUUGGCUCUGUGGUGGAGGUGCUGAGGAAGUCUGACGACGGCUGGUGGUUCAUCAGAUUCAAUGGCAAAGCAGGUUACGUCCCCUCCAUGAACCUGCAGCCAUACAACAACCCACGGGCCGGCCUUUACAGUCUGCACAAGCUGCACAGCUCCACUCUGAACCUGGCAACUCAGGGUCCUCGUCGACCCAGCACCAACGAAGACGGCCCACAGUGGGAUUCAGCAGGUCGGUCCAGAGGAGAGCCCAGUGUGCCCGGGCGUCUCCACAAGGCCAGAUCUCUGGAUGUCCUCUCUGAGACCUGGACGCAAACACAGAUGGAGAGGGAUGCCCCCACCUCAGACAGCACAAGCACCAAGAUGAGCUUCUCCAGCUCCUUCUCAAGCAGCGAAUCAUCCUCAAGUGUAAGAGAGAGCCGUUCAGGCAGUCCUGCAGCCUCAUCCCAGGCUAGUGUCAGCAACAGCGGGAGAAGCAGCCCUGAUCUCAGCCUCUCUGACCGCCGCAGCUCCAACACCAGCUCUGACAGCUCUGUAUCUGUCAGCUCCAAAGGCAGUGAGACGGCUUCAGUCGCUCCCAGGAUGCCACCCAGACCCAAAACUGAGGAGAUCCUGACCCGCUGCACCACCAUGACCCGCAAGGCAGCCCUGGCCACCAAGACCCGGCUUCAGAUUCAGCCAGAGCCCAUCCACAGCCGCUAGGCCAUCACAAGCCUUAGUUUUAUUAAGUAUGCAUGUAACAUGUUAAUUCUUGUCAUACCAAAGAUUGUAGAGAUAUCAACCUGGACAAGAUAAAUGUAUGAUGACCACUCGAUAAAGUCUAUCUAUACUGAAUAUUUCACUCAGAAUAAGAAUAAUAAUGUAGCUUCAAUGAAGCGUUAGAAGAAGCAGAUACAAGAAAACGUAUGUGACAUAGUCAUAGAGUAGUAAACAAAUAUUUUCUCUAGCUUUGAAGUCACUUAAGGGUAAAUUUAAGUGGAUUGUUGGAGUUGAAAGGGUAAAGUAUUUACACUGAACUGUAUUUUGUGUAUCUCUCUUUAGUGUUUUUCAAAUUUUGAACACAUCAAAAUCAGAUCUGCACGUUCUGAUAUAAAAGAUAAUUUAUCACUUUUCAUUAAAUAUUAAUAUUUUAUUUGCUUUAUUGUUCUCAGCAGUAAUUUUACUAUUUAAUAUGUUAUAGUUUACCAUCUUAUAUACUUUAUUUAAAUAGUUUCUCCUAAUGGAAAUAAACUUAUGGCCUCCAGCAGCAGCAGCAGCAGCAAAGAAGACGUCACUGAAUAGACUGAAUACCAGUGUGAAGGCUUAGGUAUUGAAAUAUGACAGGUGUGGCAAAUAAGCUGUCAGCAAACAGGAAGGGAUACAUGUUUCCUGUCACAACAUAGUUGUUUUUAGUGAUUACCUUAUA